AUGUCCAAUUUAAAUUUGAGACGAAAAAGACAGGUAAUUGCUGGUCAAGUAUAUGAAUGGCCAAGUAAUUUAGUUCCAUUUCAAAUAUGGGGAGGAGAUGCAAAUUUCCAAAGUUUAAUUCGUCGUGGAAUAAAAAUGUGGGAGGAAGCAACAUGUUUACGUUUCCGUGAAAAUUUACAAGCUACAGAUGCAAUUAGAUAUGUACUUGAAAGGGGAGAUAGUUGUUUUACUGAAUAUAUUGGAAGGAAUGGUGGAUUUCAAGAUAUUAUUAUUGGCUCAGAAUGUGCAGAAGAGUAUGUAGUUGCACAUGAAACAGGUCAUGCCCUUGGAUUUUGGCAUACACAUCAAAGACCGGAUAGGGAGCGUUAUAUAAGUAUAAAUUGGAGAAAUGUUUUGGAAGAAGCAACAGCAUCUUUUAUGCCUUUCCGUUCAAUGCUUCAAGCUUUUGCUAUUAAACAGGUCUCAGGCCGGCGUUCCCCUUAUGAUUAUGGCUCGUUAAUGCAUUAUCAUGCAGUUAAUUUAUUUUUUCAAUUAAUUAAAAAAUUAAUUUUUCUUUUGGGUUGCGCAUGCUAG